GCAAUUGGCCUAAAAGAUGUUUAACAACAUUUCAGCAAUAUUUCUCUAACGAUUCAUGCUGAGGAUACGCUAUGCGUCUGGAGGCUCUAGCAUUAUUGAAACAACGCCCACAGCUCAAGAAAGCGCACAACAAUGCAAUCACAAGCCGUACGUCCAAUAAGCACCUAUGACAACCUGACAACGACAACAGCGAGCACAGCCAAACCGAAGAUGAAACAACAACAACAACAACAGCAGCAGCCGCAGCAUCCACAGUUGCAAGAUAGCCCCAGCAUUGCCGUGAACGGCAACAGGAAGGCAUGGCCGGCCAAUGGCCAGGAGCAGGCCUCAGAGCUGAAUGAGACCAGCCACAGCAUAGCCGCAGUCAAAGCCGCUUUGAGCGACGCCAAGUCCAAGUUCUUUGGCAUCCACAGCUGUGACGCGGCAGCGACUGCGCCAGUGUCGCCAGCCGGUGCGCGUGACUCAGCAGCCGCAGCGAUGCCGUCGGUGGUUAUCAAGCCGGAGCCCAAAUACCAAAAUGUGCCACAGCCCACGCGAAUUCCCGCUCAGCCGGAAGCCAGCAGCUCGCCCACGGUCGUCUCGCAGCGCUUCGGUGCCACAUACGAGCAAAUUCCGCUGAGCGAUCUGGAUGCGCUGCAGCCAACGCAGGCCGUCUACAUGAGCACCACGGUACCCCAGAACAUGAAGGGCAUGAAGAUCGCCGGACGACACACCCCGACGCGGAACAGUCUCAGGCACAGUCGGAUGAUUGUGGUCAACAAGAACCACGACAGCAUCCAGGAGACGUAUACUUCACACAUUCGCAACUCGAACUUCUCACGCCAACUGCUGAUCCUGCAACUGGCAGUGGGCCUCCUGAUCGUGGGCCUGGCCAUCUCGAUACUGGUUUGGACACCGAGCGCGUCCAUAUUGAUAAAUCCGUACCUAAGUGGCCUUUCACUUUUACUUGCCAGUAUUGCGGGUCUAAUACUGCUCGGGAGGGAUCGCGAGUCCGACUACAAGAGGUCGCACAACAGCUGCUACAAAGUGCUGCUGGUGGAGUCCUACGUGUUUUCCGCCCUGGCCCUGAUCUUCUGCUGCCUGGCGCUGGUCUGUGCAGCCAUCGAGUUCGCCGAGCUGCAGACCACGUCCACGCUGACCGAUGGCAACUGUGGCCCGGCGACCAGCUCCCUGCUCAACUACAGCAACUGCACCUGCCUGACGGAGGAGCAGCAAGCGACGACCACUGCGGCACUAUCAGACGCUGACUCUGAUGAUAUCGACAUUGGCGAGACUUGCGAGACCAUUCGUGGCAAGUGGAAAUACUUUCUUGGCUUCUCGAUGGCUCUCAACGCCCUGGGCAUCUUCGCCACGUUCUUAUACAUUACGAUAUUUAUUUGCUGCUACCAUAGCAGCCGAAAACAUUUCAAUAUCUCCGUCUAAGCAACUUUGUACCUACUACGGAUAGCACUAAUUUGUAAUACAAGUCUAAUUGUAACUAUCACUAAAUCCAAUUAAAGUUAACAUUAACAUUAA